CGAUUGUACUCUCUCGAUAUGAUAACAGGGAGGGUGAAUGAAGUUAGUUACAGCUUACAGGAGUAAAGAGAGGUUUUACCAUAAGCCUGUAGAUAUCCAUACGUAUACUGUAUACAAGCUUUUUAAGAAGCACAACACUAGCUUCUGGUUUCUCCUUGUAUAGAUUGACUCAGAACCAAGUAGCCAACGUUUUCAGUCACAAAGUUUCAGCAAUAGCUUCUGGUUAUUUGCAAGGUUUCAUAGUGGGGUCCUUAAAUUUUAAGUUCUAACGAUAUCAUCAAUGUUUUAGAGUUGAGAAUUGAAGUCGAUUGAUGUGUUGUUCCAUACAAACAUUUAUGGAUACAUAAGUGUAGAGACGUCCUUUAAAGUUAAAGGUAGUUGGAACUUUGUAAAUUGUUAUUCAGAACAAACAAAAAAACAAAAAGAAGGGCAGACUCACUUAUCUGAAGGAUGGAGAUGAGAGAGACUCUUUUGUCCGCCUGCACAUGGUAUACUCAGAAACUAGUUUGAGAUUGAAUAGUGUGCAUAUGAAAUAGGUUUAGGCAUUUUAUCCAAUACUCGAACUUGUACAUCUAUUAAUCUAUUAAUCAUCUAACCUAUUAAAAAUAAGAAAGAUUAUAAAUUAGUGGUAAAUCUGAGCAAUGAAGAUUUUUUUUAAAAAAAAUUCUAAAUAUCCAAAAAAUACUUUUUUUAUUUAAAACCGAAGAAUCUAAAAUUUUGUAAAAAUCACAAAAUUCAAAAAACUCAAAUUUCUGAAUUAAUAUUUUAAAAUUAAUUAAAUAAAUAAACAAAAUAAUUUGAUAAAGUAUCUAAAAUAACUAAAUCCAAAAUAUUACUAAUCAAAUCAGAAACAAGUUCAGAUCCAAAAUGAAUCUCUAUCCGGUUUUGAAGUAUUUACUAAUCAAAUCCAAUCCAAAUAUAAAUAAAAUUCAAAUAAAAGCUUGAUUGAACCCUAAAAUCUAAACCGAGAUUUUUGAUCUAAAAUACCAAUCGGUAAAUCUUUGUUUUUGUUUGUUCUCUUUAUGGAGAGUUUUUAUUUAUGGAGAUUCCUGCCUCACGUAGAUCUAAUGAUGUGGACCCUCGAAUCAGGACCGUUUCAAACUCUAAAGAAACCCUAUUCAAAAAAAAAAAAGUCCUUUUUACUAACCUAAAAUAGUUUAUGUUUUUUUCUGGCAAAUAUUGUUAUAAUAUAUAAUAAAUACACCAAUCUAAUUUGUGUGGAAGUAACAUCUUUUGGUUUUAUAAUUAAAAACUUAUGAAAAGCACCGGUUUGUGACUAUGAAUUUUUCAGUUUGUUUUUCUUUUGAUUUUUUUUGUAUCCACAAUCAUGAGUUAUAAUCUAUAAGAAAACUAAUAAACAAUAGAACAUGGGUAGUGGUUAGACCAAAAACCGUAGACUCUUGAUUUGAUUAAACAAGAAGUUGGAGACUCCUCAUUUUUCUUCUCGGUAGAAGCUUAGACUAGUCAUUCUUCUUUGUGUUUACUAUUUUUUGUAAAAGUUACUGAAAAUUAUAUAUUUCUUUCUUUAUUUAUAAUCAUUAAUUAAUAAUAGUUUCCUAAAUAUAAUCAAAUUAGAAUAUUAACUUUCUAAAUUUACAUUGAAUAUUAAAUCAAACACCAACAUCUAUUUUUUACUUUCCAAAUUAUAUUAAUUGAUAUAAAUGUUAAUUUUUUUUUCGGACUUAAUGCAUUUUUGUUGGUUAUGUAAACAAAAUCAAAUUUGUAGUUUACAUUUAUUAGUUAAUAAAUACGAAAAUUAAAUUUAAAUAUAGCUAUCUGAUUUUUGAUAAAUAUAUGAUUUUAAAUUUAUAACUAUUACUAAAAUAAAAAAAAUUAUAAAUCCUCUAAAAUUUUGGAUCCUAUUCAAUUCCUCUAUUUGCACGUGCUAAAAGAUCGUCCUGCAAGUGAUUGGUUUUUGUUUGUGGACAAGGAGCGUCAAAGUCUCCAUGACGUGUAGGAUGUUGGAAGUAAAACCUUACGUACUUGUACUUCCAAGAAGAAAUCACUCUGACAAGAAUUACUAAUUACUUUCCUAAUCAACAAAAUUAGGCCGACAAAAAAUUAAAAAAGUCAACAAGAUUAGCUUAAGAACGAGAUUAGAGAUGCAACUAGACAAAACUUGCCGUUGGUUAUUUUCUCCUUUAGUAAAGAAAUGGCGACAACAGCAGCGACUCCUCUUCUAGAAGAACACGUGAUGGACGCCGUUGACCACGACGGGCUUGUCGCCGACAGAUCAAACACCGGUAGAUGGACUGCCGCAUGGUUCAUAAUCGGAGUUGAGGUUGCGGAGAGGUUCGCUUAUUAUGGGAUCGCGUCAAACCUUAUCAGCUACUUGACUGGACCACUUGGUCAAUCUACGGCGGUCGCUGCAGCUAACGUCAACGCGUGGUCGGGAAUCUCUGCUCUUCUUCCUGUUCUGGGAGCUUUUGUCGCCGACGCUUUUCUUGGUCGGUACCGAACCAUUAUCAUCGCGUCUCUUAUUUACGUACUGGGGAUGGCACUUUUGACUUUAUCUGCACUUCUCGUUCCUAUCACUAGUGAGAAUGAGAAAGUGGCCUCUUCUUCUUUGCUCAAUGUACUCUUCUUCUUCUCUCUGUAUCUGGUGGCCAUUGGACAAAGUGGGCACAAGCCUUGCGUUCAGGCCUUUGGAGCAGAUCAGUUCGAUGAGAAAGACCCGCGAGAGCAACGUGACAGAAGCUCCUUCUUUAACUGGUGGUACCUUAGUCUGUCUGCAGGGAUCUGCUUGGCCAUUGUAGUUGUUGUCUACAUUCAGGAAGCUGUCGGCUGGGCACUCGGGUUUGGUAUACCUUGUGUGUUCAUGGUGAUCUCUCUUUUUCUGUUCGUGGUAGGGAGAAGGAGUUACAGGUACAGUAAAAGAAGACAUGAAAAGGAAACCAACCCUUUUACCAGGAUAGGUAGAGUCUUCUUUCGAGCAUUCAAGAAUCGAAGAUUGAGUCAAGUUCAGACUGAGCUGGAGGCAAACCCACCUCAAGGAUCUCCAGAGAAGCUGAGGUGUCUAAGCAAAGCCUUGCUUGCCCCACAUGCAUCUACUGAAGAGGACAAUGUGUGUAGUGUUAGUGAUGUGGAAGAUGCCACAGCUCUUGUCAUGCUCAUCCCAGUAUGGGUUACAACUCUCGGCUACGCUCUCCCCUACGCUCAAUACAUGACUUUCUUCACAAAGCAAGGUGCAACACUAGAAAGAACAAUCUUCCCUGGUGUGAAGAUCCCCUCUGCUUCUCUUCAGGUCCUUAUCGGCAUAGCAAUAGUCCUCUUUGUCCCCAUCUAUGACCGUGUUUUGGUCCCAGUCGCCAGGUCUAUAACCAAAGAUCCUUGUGGCAUCACAACGCUCAAAAGAAUUGGAGCCGGAAUGGUACUUGCAACUCUCACUAUGGUGGUUGCAGCACUGGUUGAGUCAAAGCGGAUUCAGACAGCAAAAGAAUACGGGCUUAUAGACCAACCGGGAACAACGGUUCCAAUGUCUAUAUGGUGGUUAGUCCCUCAGUACUUGAUGCUGGGAUUGGCUGACGUACUUACAUUAGUGGGAAUGCAAGAGUUUUUCUACAGCCAAGUCCCACCAGAGCUGAGAAGCAUCGGUCUAGCGCUUUACUUAAGUGCAUUGGGUGUGGGAAGCUUAUUGAGUAGCUUGCUUGUGUCUGUGAUUGAUUUGGUCACUGGAGGAGAUGCUGGAAACAGCUGGUUUAAUAGUAACUUGAACAGAGCACAUCUCGAUUACUUCUAUUGGCUACUUGCUGUUAUUAGCGCCUUGGGGUUCUCUGUGUUCUUGUUUGUUUCUAAGUCAUAUGUCUAUCGUCGGGUGGAUGGAGUCUAGUCUUACAGAUUUUCUUGGCAGAAGAUGACGAUUUGAUAUGAGAUUCAUAUUGUUUGUUCACAAUCUUAUGUUGUUAAAUUAGGUCUUGCUUGUUUCAAACACACAAAGAUAUAAGAUAUUUUUCAUUGUUUCCAUAA